CAGGGGAUGAACAAUCAGUACGUCCGCCGGGAGGUCUUCUGCGGGAACACCUGUCACGAACUCAAGCGCUUCUGGGAGCGGGAGAUUGGCAAGCAGACCUACUACCGGGAAUACGAGGAGUAUCGCCUGGGAAGAAGUGCCCUGAGAAAGCUCAGAGAGGAAUGGAGGCAGAGACUGGAAGCAAAACUGAGGUUGCGGAACAAUCUAGAUGAGACAGAAAAGCGGGCAAACGUGGGCCGGGAGCUUCUUGCUUCACUGACACAAGAGGAUUCAAAGCCCUGA